GCCUUGGGGACAGGCAAGAGGACAGGCUUAAGGAGCUGUAUUGGGGGGUGGACAGGGGCAAGCAGGCCGAGGCCUGGCCCAGGGAGGGAACAUGCAGCCAUCCCAGUCCCUGCGGCGUGGGGGCGAGCAGAGCUGGUGGGGUAGUGCUCCCCAGUACCAGUAUAUGCCUUUUGAACACUGCACCAGCUACGGACUGCCCUCCGAGAAUGGAGCCCUUCAACACAGGCUCCACAGGGAUGCAGGCCUCCGCGCCAACACCCGCCCCACACAGAUCUAUGGCCAUUACAAACAGCAAUUCUCAGACAAGGAGCAGGACACAGGGAUGUCCAAGAAGAUGGGCUCCAGUGAAAGCAUGGACAGCAAGGAUGAGGAUCACUAUUCUAAAUGUCAAGGCUGUGUCCACCGCCUGGGACACGUGGUGAGAAGAAAGUUAGGAGAAGACUGGAUCUUUCUGGUGCUCCUGGGACUGCUUAUGGCCCUGGUUAGCUGGAGCAUGGAUUAUGUCAGUGCCAAAAGCCUUCAGGCCUACAAGUGGAGCUACUACCAGAUGCAGCCCAACCUGCCUCUGCAGUACCUGGUCUGGGUCACCUUCCCGCUAACUCUCAUCCUCUUCAGCGCCGUCUUUUGCCACCUCAUCUCUCCCCAGGCUGUUGGCUCUGGGAUCCCUGAAAUGAAGACAAUACUCCGUGGAGUCAUCCUGAAGGAAUAUCUCACCCUCAAGGCCUUUGUGGCCAAGGUUGUGGCCCUGACUGCGGGGCUGGGCAGUGGCAUUCCUGUGGGGAAGGAGGGCCCUUUCGUCCACAUCGCCAGCAUCUGUGCUGCGGUCCUCAGCAAGUUUAUGUCCAUGUUCUGUGGGGUCUAUGAGCAGCCAUACUAUUACACUGACAUGCUGACGGUGGGCUGUGCUGUAGGAGUUGGCUGUUGUUUUGGGACGCCACUUGGAGGAGUGUUGUUCAGCAUCGAGGUCACCUCUACAUACUUUGCUGUGCGGAACUACUGGCGAGGAUUCUUUGCAGCCACGUUCAGUGCCUUUGUUUUCCGCGUGCUGGCCGUGUGGAACAAGGACGCUGUCACCAUCACUGCUCUCUUCAGAACCAAUUUCCGAAUGGAUUUCCCCUUUGACCUGCAGGAACUCCCAGCCUUCGCCAUCAUCGGGAUUUGCUGUGGCUUCCUGGGAGCCGUGUUUGUGUACCUGCAUCGCCAAGUCAUGCUCGGUGUCCGAAAGCACAAGGCCCUCAGCCAAUUUCUGGCGAAGCACCGCCUGCUGUAUCCUGGAAUAGUUACCUUCAUCAUUGCCUCAUUCACCUUUCCGCCAGGAAUAGGCCAAUUCAUGGCUGGAGAGUUGAUGCCUCGUGAAGCCAUCAGCACCCUAUUCGACAAUAACACAUGGGUAAAGCAUGUGGGUGACCCUGAAAGCCUGGGCCGGUCAGCUGUGUGGAUCCACCCACGGGUCAACGUGAUCAUCAUCAUCUUCCUCUUCUUUAUCAUGAAGUUCUGGAUGUCCAUCGUGGCCACCACUAUGCCUAUACCCUGCGGAGGCUUCAUGCCUGUGUUUGUGCUAGGAGCUGCAUUUGGGAGGCUGGUAGGAGAGAUCAUGGCCAUGCUAUUCCCUGAUGGUAUCCUAUUUGAUGACAUCAUCUACAAGAUCCUACCUGGAGGCUAUGCGGUAAUUGGGGCAGCAGCGCUGACCGGUGCAGUAUCCCACACAGUCUCCACAGCUGUGAUUUGCUUCGAAUUAACGGGUCAGAUUGCCCACAUCCUGCCCAUGAUGGUGGCUGUCAUCUUGGCCAACAUGGUGGCUCAGAGCCUGCAGCCCUCCCUCUAUGACAGCAUCAUCCAGGUCAAGAAGCUACCCUACUUGCCUGACCUUGGUUGGAACCAGCUCAGCAAAUUUACCAUAUUUGUUGAGGACAUCAUGGUUCGUGAUGUGAAGUUUGUUUCAGCUACUUGCACAUACGGGGAAUUGCGAACCCUGCUCCAGACCACCACAGUCAAGACUUUACCACUGGUUGAUUCUAAAGAUUCUAUGAUCCUGCUGGGCUCCGUGGAGCGCUCAGAGCUACAGUCCCUCCUGCAGCGCCACUUGGGCCCUGAGCGGAGGCUGCGGGUGGCCCAGGACAUGGCCAGGAAGUUGUCUGAGCUGCCCUACGAUGGGAAGGGACACCAAGGCAUCUCACCCGAGGGCCGAAGGGAGUCCUUUGCCUUUGUGGAUGAGGAUGAAGAUGAGGACCUCUCUGGGAAGCCCGAGCUGCCUCCUCUUCCUCCUCCUCACCCCUUACCAUCUGCCCCAUUGUCCUCUGAAGAGUCCAAUGGGCCCCUGCCCAGCCACAAACAGCAGCCAGAAGCACCGGAGCCUGCAGAUCAAAGACCCUCUGUCUUUCGGUCCCUGCUGCGCUGCUUACUUGGCAGACCUCGCCCCACGAAGAAGAAAACAACCCAGGAGUCAAUGGAUUUAGUGGACAACAUGUCACCUGAAGAGAUCGAGGCCUGGGAACAGGAGCAGCUGAGCCAGCCUGUCUGUUUUGACUACUGCUGCAUCGACCAAUCCCCCUUCCAGCUGGUGGAGCAGACGUCCCUGCACAAGACCCACACGCUCUUCUCGCUCCUUGGCCUCCACCUUGCCUAUGUGACCAGCAUGGGGAAGCUCAGGGGCGUGCUGGCAUUGGAGGAGCUGCAGAAGGCCAUCGAGGGGCACACCAAGUCUGGGGUGCAGCUCCGCCCUCCCCUGGCCAGCUUCCGGAGCACGACUUCCACUCGGAAGAAUCCGGGAGGCCCACCCCCUCCCACCGAGGCCUGGAGCCUGCCUGAGGAUGGAACUGGGGCUCCUGCCUCCCCAGAGCCCCCCGCACCCUCCCCCUCCCCAGCUCCCUUGCUCUCUGAGGCUCCAGCCAAAGUGGAGGGUGAGCUGGAGGAGCUGGAGCUGGGAGAGAGUCCAGGGCUGGAGGAGGAGCUCGCUGACAUCCUGCAGGGCCCAAGUCUGCGAUCCACGGAUGAGGAGGACGAGGACGAGCUGAUUCUUUGACGGCCUCCAGGAUCUCCUCUUAAAGACCGUUCCGGGGCCCAGGCCAGAGGCUGGACUUGUGUGUCAGGGGUAUGUCCUGAAGUUGGAGACCUCACACCAUCGCCCUGGCCCCUUCUGGGAAUCUUAAAAUGUGAUAGUGAUAGUCUGCUAUUUAGGCCCUGUGCCCCCCAUCUGGACAGGCAGGAGGUUCUGGCCCCAGUGAAGGACCUGAUACUCCACAGGGCUUCCCGAGUCCCCCUGGUCUGUGAGUGGGAGACACCCUGCCUCUGCCGGCCUCGGCCUCCCCUCAGCCCCCACAGUCCCUUGGUCUUCUUGUUCCGGCACCUUCCUAGCACCUUCCUGGCUUUGCCCCGUGUCCGCCAGUCUCCAUGGGGGGAGGCCCACAGUGACUGUGGCCUGGGGGGAGAUGGGAGAAACUCAUGGCCUCGUGGGCUGAUGGCCCGGGAUACACUCAGGAAUAAUCCACACGCCACUCUCAGAGCCCCCAACCUCGUUCUCCCACUUACAGCCGCUCCCUGAUAUUUGCCUCCUCCUCCUCCAUCCUGGCUCCCACUACCUGCCGCCAGGCAAGGGCCAGUCCCCUAGCUCCCCUGGCCGGGAUAUAGGCAGCCCGCAAGAGAAAAGGUCUCUGUGCAGGAAGCAGGUGUCUUGCUGCCCAGCGUUCAUGCCUCCUUCAGGCACAAAUCCGCCCCAUCUCACACCAGGCAUGGCUUCCUCGCCCUCCAGGUCCCAGGGCACUCCUGGGAACUAACCCUCACCUCCCCACGGUCCUCCCUGAUCUAUCCUGCCCAAGGGUCAGGUGUGCCCUCCAGCUGCUGGGGCCAGGGCUUCUCCCACCAAGACCGAGGCUCAGGGCAGCCAGGCCACUGGGUCUCUCAGCCACCAGCCCUACUGAGACUAGUUCUUUGUGUUCGUCUUCUAGAGGUGGACAGAUGGGGGUUCAAAGUCAACAUGGCAGGCCCCUUUGAUGCUUCCCAUGCUCGGAAGUCAGAGGCCCUCCUCCCCAAAUCAGCGACAGGAUGCCUGCCGCUGGCCUGCCUUUCCUAUGAGGUGGUCCCAGGUGCUCUGAGCCCCCAGAAGCCCUCAUUUCCACACCCACGGCUCCCCUGCUCCCUCCUUUUGUGCUCCGUCCAGUUGUGUAGUUUUACCCCCUGUCUGACAUCCUCCUGCCUCCCCUCCCCUAUGCCCAGGCUCCAUCAUCCCCCAAAUAAGACACUCAUAGUCAGAGGUGCCACCACAUUCUGUUUAGUACCAUUGAACACAGCCUGUCGCCCUCCAACAUGACAUCCCUUCCACCUCCCCAGGCCGAGAGAGAGAGGGUGCAGCCUGGAGAGGGGGACUGGCAGUGGGCAUUUGAGCCCAUGCCCAUGUGUAUAUAAUCUAUAAUAUUUAUAUAUAUAUAUUUAUAUAUAAUUCUCUCUGUAAUAUAUGUCAUAGAAUCUCUCUUGGGCCUGGGGUGGGAAUGUCACAUUAAGAAAACAUGCUAAGACUGGCCAUAAAAAUGGAUAUUUCCCAGACCUGGAAGACAGAGUAUGGGACGUGGAGGUGAGGGCAAAGAGAAGGUCAUACGCUCAUUCACCAAGAGCCCCUCCCAAGCACAAGGGUAAGAAGGGAGGCGUAGGGGGAGGAGGGCCAGUGGAAGGGGAGGAAUGGGAAAUUUGGAUUUUUCUUUAAUAAAGUGAUUUGAAAACGA